UCACCAAUGUAGAUAACAGUUAAGUGUGGUCCUAAUUGUAAGCUUGUUCACUUGACAAAAGUUACCUGGCUCACAGAAAGUGUUGCUGUUUGUGUCCAUAGUAAGAUUCCUUUUAAAUGUUUUUCCACAAUGUCAUCAUAAACCAUUGAAACAUAAUGCUGGUGUGUGGAUGAACUCUUAUGACAGUCAGCAGUGGUCAAAUAUCAACCAAAAACAGACCCUGCAAGACAAUUCAUUGUCUGUCACAUCAUCCAUUGGUCUUUUUUGUUAAAUGUCUUGAUCUCUUACGUUUUACUUCCAUGACAGUGACACACAGGUUUCUCUUUUACAGACGAAACAAUCAGCUGAGACGAAGGCUGUGCUUAUUCUCUGUUAAAGUUCAUUUUUGAGUUGAUGCUAAAAACUCCUCUCAUGUAAUAGUCUCACUGACAGCUGGUGUGGUUCCUUUUUAUGCUAAAGUGGUUUUACUUCCCUGUUUUUUUAAGGGCUACUUCCUCAUGCUUAGCAGUUCCCUGUACACGGUGUUGCAUGUUGCUGAAUUAGUGGAGCAUAAUUUUUUAGAAACCCACAAGGAAAGAAUCAGGCCUGUCGUAACUGGUUUGUGCGAUCUCAUAUGAAGAAUGGGUUUCAGAGUCACAGACUUGUUGUCGACUAUGUUCCGUAAAUGGGCUUUACGUCGGGAUUUACAUACUGAGGCAGUGUCUGAUUCCUUGACAAUAACAGGAAGCCUGUUUUAGACAGAGGUUCGACAGGAGAAAUCUCUGAAUCUUGGUUUUGUAAGGGAUGACGAGUCCUAGACUGUUGGAGCGGAAAGUGCAGACGAGCUUAUGAGGGAUCAUUGAGCUGGUGAGAUGGAGGAAGCAUACAACGAACUAUACCAGCAGUUUCUUCGCCUGAGGUCGCUUUGCCUGAGACAAGCCGCUCUGUUGCAUCAACUCACAGCAGCCCUGCAGAAACAGCAAGGUGCCUCUGUUCCUAAUGGAGAGCUGAGUGAUAUGAUGUCGAUUCCUGUCCAAUGUACCCAUGAAAUCCCAGUAUAUCCCCAUGAAAAGCCACAACCACGAACAGCUGCAACACAAAACCCUGCAGCACAGUGUGGCAUUGGUCACCUUUCCAGAAAUGUGGGGACUUUCUCUGAUCUCCUUGCUGAAGAUAUGUCCAAGCUCUGUGUGGAUAUGACCUCUUUGAAGGCGGAUCAAACGGCCACGUUCUUAUUAACCCUGGACUCCUCGAGAUGCCGUGAAGCCUCUUCCAGUGAAUCGAAAAAUCAAGGAAAAAACCAUCCUGGUGGAGACAGGGCUCCGUGCACAGUAAGGGUCUUUAAAAAUCCUAGCUGUAUUCUAGUGUGUGCCUGGUUUUUAUUACGUCCUGCAUUAACUUCUCCUUCUUCUCCUGUGUGCUUGUGUGAGGCGCCUGUGGCAGACAAUCCCUCCCAGGCCGGUGGCCUCAUGAGCCUGUGUGGCGGGGCACUGAUGUCGGACGUGGCGCUGCAGUCUCAUGUUUGUGAAUUCUGCCAAGCGGUUUUCCCCGGAGACACGACCACAAGAGGAGAGUUCCUGAGACAUCUCUACACCCACGUCACUUAGACUGAACUGAGUCUUCCUCUCCCCUCUACACAUGACUUGUGUACUCAUGUGACAUGCUGUGCUAUAACUCAGGAAACAAAAUGGACCCAUUCUUCACAUGGUUAGCUGUCAGACUGUGAACAAACAUAAUAUUUUGUCUCUUAAGUGUAAAAUGAAGGGUAGAAAUCAAUCUGCCAGCUAUUGUCUUUUGUAGGCCUCUGCAUCAGUGUCUAGCCAUUGUUUUUUGUUCAUGUUUUGAGGCCUCCACCAUAGCUGAUGGAUAUUAAUACAUUUUGUUUGUCAUAAUUAUACUACACGCCAAAUUGGUUGCUGAUUCAUUGAUUUUCAUAGGGACUAUUUUAAAUCAUGUUAAUCUGUCUUAUUCAUGGCUAAAUUUCACCAAAUCAAUCCUAUUAAAUCCUACCUGCAAGCAAGGCCAGAUACCACGACAGUAUUUUUUUGUCAAGCUGAUUGUUUGAGCUGCUUUAUUCAUUGCUGGUGACUCACAAAAAAUAAAAUAAAAUAAAAUAAAAUUAAGAAAGCCGGAAUUACUGUUCAUGUAUUACAACUUGAACCGAUUCUGAUCCUGUUCAGAUGUUUUAAAGUUUCUCUCUUUGUGAUAGUUAAAUCUUUAAAAACAAAUUUUUGUGUAUCCAAGUUGCAUGUUUUAAUUUUUGUCCAAUUUAAAUAAUUUCUUCUUGCUUUCAAAUGGCUUAGAUGUAGUGAUGCUUCCUUCACAAUAUGCAGCUCUGUGAAGUGCCUGACCUUCUAACUCUCACUGCAGCCCGAGCACACCAGCUCACCUACAACUCUGCUCAAACACUGUAAAACUACUCUACACUACACAACGACAAGUUGUGAUAUUGGAAGUAAUCAUUCAUACAUCUUUAAAACAGGAUCCGUGACAUGUUUCCCAGUAUAUAUGAAACGCCAUGUGGGAAGGUCAACAAGAUUUUAAAAAUACAGAUUUUCACUGCAAGAAGUCUUAAUUCAUCCAGAAAACACAAACUUGUGAAAACAUUUUCGCCUAAAAAAUGCGGCUGUGGCAUAACUAAAUAAAUGUUAUAAUGUGUGACUUAUGUAAUUAGCUUACUGUUCUACUUCUCAACCCUAAAAUGUUAUUGUUGUUACAGGACGGCAAAGAAGAAAAUUCUCUGUUUAUCUCGUGCAGCAAAGUUAUAACCGGUCAAUGAUGCUCAGUUUGGAAAGUGAGACACAAUGUUGUGUUUAUGAGCUUAAAUGACUAUUAGGUAAUCAUAAAUAAAAUUGUUGAAGCCAA